AUGAUAAAAUUUUUAUUUAUCAUCGGAUUAACGAUUUUAACACAACAUAAGGAUGCCGACGCCUGGUUGCUGCCAUGUGACGAAACAAUCGAAUUAAAAGCUGGCGACAACAUUACCUUAAAAUCUCCCAACAAUCCAGUUGGUUCCGCUGGCUCCUUGUGUCGCUACAAAAUAAAAGCUCCUCAGGGAUUUACGAUAACAGCGACUUGCAAAUUGAAGAUUCAUCAGGACGACAAUGGAAAAUGUUCGAGUGAAUCUUUUCAUGUGAUGAAAAAUGGAAGCACGGAUUUGAUGGGAAGUGAAAUAAUUUGUGGCAAGGGAAAAAUUACUCGCACAAGUCGAUUUAACGAAUUGACACUUGCUUACAAAUCGGAAAUUAAUACUGGAAAAUUUUCUUGUUCAAUUACGACGAAUUGUGAUUGCGGAUGGAGUGUUAAGAGCAAAGUAGUGAAUGGAGAAAUUGCCGAAGUGAACGAAUUCAUCUCGAUGGCUGGCAUCGUCAACAUUUUAACGCGAACUGUCGAGUGUGGCAGCAGCAUAAUUUCGCCAUUUUAUGCACUUACAGCCGCACAUUGUUUCAAAGGCAGCAUCUCAAUGGAAAAUAAUGUUGCCUUACUCGUUGGUGAUCACGAUCAUUCAGUCGGAAAUGACACUUCAUUCGCUGCUCUUUAUUUGAUUGAAAAAAUCACGAGACACGAGGAUUACAACUCCGUAACAUACGCCAACGAUAUCGCAUUGAUGAAAACUAAGAAAGAAAUUAAAUUUAACAUCGCCGUUGGACCAGCUUGUCUUCCUUACGGCUUUGCUCCGAACCAUUUUGAUGAGAAUUUUAUCGUGGAAGCAGCUGGAUGGGGUUCGAUUGAAAAGAGUUUUCGCGGAAAAAGAUCAGAAGUGUUGCGAACUGUGGAAUUAAACACUUUGAACAUCGAAACUUGCAAAAAGCACUGGCCGAAUAUUACACCGAAUCAAGUUUGUACAUUUACGGAGGGAAAAGACACGUGUUCGGGUGAUAGCGGAGGCAAUUUGUACUAUCGGAAUAAUAAGCUUUAUACUAUUUUGAUUGUUAGUUUUGGCGGCGAAUGUGCAAGUAAAGUUCCAGCAGUGAAUACAAAAAUUUCAGCGUAUUUGCCGUGGAUCGAGGAAAAUACGGAGGGAGCGUUUUUCUGUAAAGCUUGA